UACAUUCUAUCGCAUGUCAGUUCAUUCUGUCGCAUCGGCCGUGGCGGUGUGUCCUUCGUUGCUGUAAGAGCUAAACUUGCUUGCUGUUACGAGAACGCAUCAAAAUGACAUCAGCAGUAUCAUCGAAAGAUAUCGAGAUUAUGCGUUAUGAAGAUCGUUACCAACUGCAAUCGCUGGCAGUAUUGCGCCAAUCGUUCUUCCUACACGAAUCGGUGUGCAUCGGAUCGGAAGUGAACGUUACGCCCCAAGCACAGGAUGACCUUGAGCAGCUCUGUGCGGAAGUUCUAGCCGGUGGCGUAACGAUGAUCGCACGUCACACUCCUACGGACAAGAUCCUGGGUGUUGCCUUCAAUAUACUACAGACACCCAAGCAUCAGGAAGGUGCCAGCUACUUUGAGCAGUUCCGGGACACCAAAUGUACUACCGAUAGUUCACGAUCGGUACUCAACUACAUGAUCGCGAUGGACGCGAAGGUGAACCUGUUCGAGCAGUACGGUGUGAGUUGCUUCAUGGAUAUCAUGUAUCUUGCAACGCUUCCGACCUACUCCGGACAUGGAAUUGCAACGAGGCUUGUGGAACAAUCCGUUCAGCUUGCUCGGGAUUUGAAGAAUGGGACCAUCGUGCUAGAAUCGAAGGACCAAUCCCCGCCAGAACUCAUUUCAGCCCUAUUCUCGUCGAACAUUUCGCAACGUGUCGGAGAGAAGGUGGGCUUUACAUUCAUCAAAGAAGUGCCUCACUCAGAGUUUAUUUUUCGUGGUAAGUCGUUUGCCGAUAGAAUAGGACCCGAACAUCCAUCGUCUCAAAUAGCUGUGAUGGUGAUUUGAUUCAGAAUAGCCAAAUCCAAUCGGUAUGAUAUAAAUAAAUAAGUUAAAGCAUUCUUGCAUGCGGAAAAGUGAAGAAAAGGA